CAUAUCUUUUUUUCUGAAACCUUGCUAAAAACUGCAAGUUUUCUACUCUAUUUGCAAGCUGAAAUUGUUCACAUCGAAGGAUGUCCGACUCAGAUCUUUUCGCGCGACUGGAAUCUGCGGAUGGAGAUUCACCCUCGAACUCGCAAGAAGGAGAUGAGUCGCGAUCGAUUCCAGACAGCGGCAUCUCAAUUAAUGAAAAACCACAGCUUUAUAAACAGCUUUAUGAUGAAGAUGCGGACGUUAAACUGGACCGUGGCACGAAAGGAGGCAAGCGUCAAGUAUAUGAUAGUAAUGGGUGCAUCAUUGGAUCCAAACUUCCAAAACGAUAUCGAAUGAUGAUGUUGAUGUUCGCUUGUCUUGGAAAUUUCGUAGUCAUCAUCUCCAGGCUUUAUCCAUCAGGGUUCUACCUGGAUUUCAUCUUGACAGAGGAUUUGAGCACCACGCUAGGAACAAUAUCUAUAUCAAUCAUGUUAGUUACAUCUGCAAUGAGCCCUCUCGUCAACUAUUGUCUUCCAAAAUCCAUCAAAAAAUCCUCUCUGUCCAUUCGGUGCCUUGUCCUGUGCUUUGUCAACGCUCUCUGUAUAGCUCUGAUGUCCUUGGUGGAUGUAACCUUACAGCAUGAUCCUACUGGAAAUACAGCCUUCGCGACUAUAUUUGUCCUAAGAGGAGUCCAGGGCAUCGUUGUUGGCUUGCUUUACAUUUUAGUCCAGGGUGAAAUUGUGGAUUUAUACUUCAAGGACGACAACAUGCCAAUCAUACUGAUUAGCGCUUUCCUACAAAUCGGAGCUAUUCUCUCUGCCAUCCUCAGUGCUGAGCUCUUCGUCUAUGGAGGUUGGGUCUUUGUCGGUCUGGUCAUAGCUUGCUUCAACUUUUUCCCCGUGAUGCUUCUGCCAGCCGUGAGAACAGUGCACAAUGAUACAAAUAUCAAAAAAAAUCACGGCCAAGGCGUUAAAAGGGAACUGUUAGCCCAAAAUUCGGUUGAAAGUUGUAUCAUCUCGGAGAGAAGCAAUCGAUUUGAAACGGUUACAAGUAGGACCCGGAAGGUGGCAUUCUACAUUCCAGAUUUGAUGGUGUUCUUCAACAAUCUGGUUUGUGACCUGAUUGCAUAUGCCCUUCCAGCCAGAAUCGUACUUUACAGUCAGAUCCCUUUGAGCACCGCAGUGCCUUUGUUUCAAACUGGAAACCUGUGCUCACUUUUCGCUGCUUUAACCUUUAGUUACUUAGCAAGUAGGAAUAAAAAGUUUGACGUUAUUGGAUUAAUGACAAUAGCAAAUAUCAUGUAUUAUUUCGGUUCAAUCGUGGCAUUUGCUUCUACAACGACUACUAUGCAGUUCUUAGAUUUCCCCUAUCAGUUGCUUAUAGGCUUAGUCUUUAUGGGGAUAGGUGAAGCAGGCCAUUUGAACCUCUGCAUCUUAAGCAAGUUUGCCCUCUACGAUAAGUGGAAUAUGAGAAAAACUGGCCUGGGUAAAAGAUCUACCAUAUUAAACAACGUGGCACUUAGCUUGUCUUCUGCCGCAGGAACUGCCAUAUCUGGAUACUCAUUAACCGAGGAAAGUGAAAUCCCUACUGUGUCAACUCUGAUAGGACUUGGUGUUUGCCUCACUGCCGUAUCUUUGUUCUGUAAGCAUGUGAAGUAGACUAUGGUGUCUAGUACAUUGAGUUGAGGCACCGGAGAAGUGAAAGAUGUGUUGAGUAAAGAUGAAUUUGACAGUACAGUCGAAGUCAGAAGAGAUAUGGAACUUUGAUGAGGUAUCAGAGAACGACGAAGAUGAAGCUGUCCACAAAAACAAUUAUCAGCAUUUUGGAUGUAGUAGUGUUUCUUUGCUGUUAACGUUUUGUUUCGAAUAUUAUAACUACUUCUUGUAACAAAAUGAUUCACGGAGUUUAAUUUGGAUUUCAUGAAAACUUAAAGUUCACGAAAAGCUUGAAUUACAUUAUAACCUUAAAAUUCUAACGCGAAAAUUCUAUUCUACCCAGAGUCUGCACAUGAGUGAUACAUAUUAAUUAAUUGUUAUUUGCUAAACUAAUAUAUCACACCAUUAGUAACUGAAACAAGAAUUUACCACACAGAUAUCCGCGAUCUUUAACCAAACAGAAAGGGAAGCAGCUUUGUCAAUCCUGGAUUUACGGUGAUUUCGAAAUCUCUCAACGCGCGUGCGGGCUUUCAGAUCAUGUGAUCUCUCUGACCAAAACUUUAUGAUAUCUGACCAAAUAAUAUGU